CCCGGAACCGACAUCAGCCACCACUAGCAACAGUCUUAAAGCUUUGGACCUUUUCGAACCUAAAAUCAACACAAGACAAUAUCACGUUACGAGCAACGACUUAAACAAUUUCCGUAAUCUUAACUGGCACUGAAACACUUGCCCGAGGGACCUGCCGGCGGCCCAAACGCAGAAGAAAGGAUGGCGAAUUACCGGACAUUUCACACUCAGCUCGCGACCAUCAUGGAGACGCUGACACGCGCGGCGGUGGCGGAGAUCUGCGAGCUAGUGGACGACGGUUACGCCGUUUUACACAUCGAGAUCUCGCGCCAUCAGAAGGAGAACGAGGAGCUAAGACGGAAACUUCAGCUCAUAGAGUCCAUCGUUGCGGCGCGUGGCUACGGGGACGAUAAAACGGCACCGCGAGACGGUCGUUGUGAAGGUAAUGGUCGCGAAGCGCCCGCGAGCAGAAAAACGUCUGGAGGCGGAGAAUCCACGAGCCGGAGCGCCGAGGCGGAGUCCCGUGAGGAUGUAGAUCUUAUCCAUAUGCAGAUCAAAGAGGAAGGUCUCGAGCAGCCGCCUCUGGCUGAUGAUGACGAUGUUGAUGAUGGUGAAAGUGUCUCUGUGGUAACUCAUGACUCACCCAAACCAGAUGUUGUUGAGCUCUCUGGGCAGGACUCUCACACACUCGCACAUUCCCCUGUGCAUGACACACUCUCUUAUACACUCCCACACUCCCCUGACCAUGACACACACUCUCACACACUUGCGUUUGCAGACUCGCACUCUGGUGCUGAUGAGUCCCAACACUCCAGUAUCGAUUUGACGGGUUCCGAUGAUGCUUCCUUUUCUCUCGUGCACACUGCAUCAGAGACUCGUCCCUCCCAUCUCCAUCGAGUGUUUCAGGAAGACUUUUGUGUGACAGGUGAUCUGGACACAGUCUCUGACUGGGCCGCACAUUCUGUCCGUAACACACUCACGCAUUCACAAACCUCUCCACAGACGGUUGGUGGCUCAGAUACCCUUGUAUCCCAUAAUUCCCCUUUGUUUUCUGCACAGCGUCUGGUUGCUCUGGGUAACGUCUCAGGGUUGAGUCUCUAUGGGCAGUUGGGUGCUCUAAGGGGAGUCGGAGCUGGCAAAAGACACUUCAUCUGCUCAAUAUGUGGGAAGAGUUUCACCACAUCGCAGAGUUUGGACACACACAUGCGCAUACACACUGGUGAACGGCCGUAUCGCUGUGAGCAGUGCGGGAAACGUUUCACGCAGUCUGGCCACCUUACGGCUCACCAGACUGUCCACACUGGAGAGAGACCAUACGAGUGCACUCGCUGCGGAAAACGAUUUGCAGGGAAACAGUACCUACGCAUUCACACCAAGAAACACCACCCUGACUUACACAUGCUCUCGCGUAUAGCAACACACACACCACAGGAAACACAACCCUAGAGUGCUCACAUGUGCUCACAACACAAAGAAUGCAGGAUGCCAGUUUUGUUGUUUAAGAUUUUUUUCUCUUAUCCAUCUGUAUAGUUGUUGAGUGGAGGUGUCCUGCAAUUUCCAUCAUAUAGAAAAGUUUUGACAGACAUGCAAGCAGAUAGAAAUCACUAGGUCGCUAAUUUAUUAAAAAUGUGCACUAUGGCAGAAUCAAUAUGCCAAUCCUGAGAGUAAUUUUGCAGCGGUCAGGCCUGUAUUCUAAAACAUGUCAUACAAAAACUAAAAUGGUAAAAGCUCUGCAGAGACAAAACCUGUGUACAUUAUACACCCUGCAAGGAGACCAUAUGGAAGCCAACAAAUGUACACUAGAACUUUAGUGUGAGAAGGAACUUGAGAAAUUAGAGAAAUUGAACUCAGGUGUGAUAAAU